CUCUAGCCCAGCGCGGCUGCGGAGACUCUAUGGUGCGGCCUUUGUAGGCGGGCGGAGCUGUGCAGACUCUAUGGUGCGGCAGCCAUGAGCGGCGCGGGGUGGCCCCGGGAGGAGGCGGCGGUGGCGGCCGCCGGCGGCCCCGAGCGGCCGCUGGGUUCCAGUGAUGCAUCUCCAGAUGAAGGAGUAGUAGAAGAUCUGCCUAUAAUAGAUGAGAAAGCUGUGGAGCAGUUAACUGAAGGAUUGAUUUCUCAUUAUUUGCCUGAUCUUCAGCGAUCAAAAUCAGCUCUACAUGAACUUACACAGAACCAAGUAGUAUUACUAGAAACAUUAGAACAAGAAAUUACAAAAUUCAAAGAAUGUAACUACAUUCUUGAUGUCGAUGCCUUGUUUUCAGAAGCUAAACACUAUCACAGCAAGUUAGUGAGUAUUAGAAACGAAAUGAUGAUGCUCCAUGAGAAGACAUCCAAGUUAAAAAAAAGAGCACUUAAGCUGCAACAAAAGAGGCAGAAAGAAGAACUAGAACAAGAACAACAACGUGAGAAGGAACUUGAAAGAGAGAAGCAAUUAACAGCAAAACCUGCUAGGAGGACAUGAAAGCAGAACAUGCAAUAACUUGUACAAAUUAAUCAUUUUUGCAUUCUCUGGAAUGAAGGCAGACUUUGAUUGGGCUAUAGUUAUUACUAGCAACAGUCUACUCUGCUAUUAUAAAUUCCGGAAUGUUCAUAAUCAGUUAGAAAGAUUGACAUUUUUCAUUUCAGCCAUUCAAGUUGCCUUCUUUUGUAAUGCUAUGCAGUUUGAUACUAUUAUAAUGUAAGUUCUUUUUUUUUUAAAUAUAUAUAUAUAUAUCUUAUAUAUAUAUAUGUAUGUAUAUAUAUAUAUAUGUAUAUAUAUAUGUAUAUAUAUAGGAGAACCUAAUAAUCACAGUUCUUUGAAUACCUCUAACUUUUCCAUCUGUUCUUUUGGUACUGAGAACUCUUAAGAGUUGUUUGGUGUCUGGCAUCCAUGAUUUUCAGACAAAAUACAGAACAGUAGUUGUUAAAGUUCAGUUCUGGUCCCCAGACUGAGAGCCUGACUGUUUCACUGAAACUGCUUUGAUUCAGGAAAUUGUGGUCUCCUUUCAAUGCCACGGAUCUGAUGAGAUUUCUGGUGUAUUUGCCUGAAAGAUCACCUUACUGAAGCAGCUUUUUUUUUAUGUUGUUGUCAGGUAACUUAAGAACCGCUUCAAAGUAACUUUUGAAUCACUUUACAGCUGAAUGAGUUGGGGAGCAAUCAUUAAAAAAGUAAAAAUAAAUAAAUAAAUAAAAAGCAGAACACAAGAUUCUCAGAAUUGAUGUGUGCACAAUACAAACAUUAUUGACUGUGAGCUUCUACAAAGAUGCGUGAGCUGUUGCUUCUGUAAUGGUUCAACAGGAAGACUCUGGUCUGGGCAGAUUUCUAUAGGACUGAAAGUUGUAGUUUCUUCACGUUGUGUAACUAAUUGAAGCAUAACCAAAACUAAACAGCUUCUAGUUCGUGUGAAAUGUAUUUGUCUGUAGGAAAAACUACUGCAUUUAACUUUUUUCCUAAACAAAUUAUUCAUGUGUGCUUCGGGUCUCUGUGAGAUAAUCUGUGUGAGGGCAGCAUAACAAACUAUUAUUAGUGAAUACUGAUGAUAAAUGUUGUAUGGAGGUUGAUAUCCAUUUCUGUGAGUUUAGUUACUUGCAGCACCUGGUGUGAGUUCCCAUUUAGACUGGCAAAAGAGCUUUAAACCGUUCGGUCCUACAGUCUAAGAAACUAGUUGUGUUGUGUCUGCUAUUUUUUGGUAAUGUAAAUGCCAUGUAUUGAAGUAAGACAAAGGGUAGGCUGUGUGAAACUUUCCAUGAAACACGUAUGGUAAGGCGCCAGAGGGGUGCCUUGUUUUUUAUUUUUCUUCAGUUUUAGUUGAUUUACAUGUUGUAUAUAUGCCGGGACUCAUAACUUCUGAAGUCCUAAUUUCCCACUGCUAAUAUUCAUCUUUUUCUGUGAAAGACCUACUGUAACAAGUAGUCAUCCAACACAGAAAGUCAACCGCAUUGAUGUGUUGGAGCAAGAACAAAUUCCUUAAAGUAGUCUGAAGGGACAUGAAAUGCUAUUACCGAAGUAGUAAUAGAUUAAAACUUUCCACGCAUGUACUUUCUUUAGGUUGAAUUUGUCUUGUCUUAAUUGCCAGUGGAUUGUUGAUGUAUGCUGUGGUUUAUGUGUAUUUCUAAAAGAAAUGUAAAGAAUUUCUACAGUCCAUUUUUGGAGCAGAAUGUACAUAAAUACUGUUUACAUUUUUUUUUUAUUUUGUAAUGUAACUUCAAAACUAGAUUCUAGGAAUUUAAACUGUUCUUAUUAAAGUAUAAUAUGGAGUUAGAUACCUCAGUGAAGUAUACUAAUCAGAACUAAUUUCCAUUAAUAUUUCUUGUUUUCUGUUGCCUCAUGUAGUAUUCAAUUUACCUUUUCAAGUUGGAGUCUCUGUAUUCUGUUUUUUUUCUUUUUCUUUUUUUUUUUUCUUGUUUCUUUUGGAGGUUUUUUUUUUCAAAAAAAAAAAAUCAUGUCCACUUUUACUGAAAAUGUAGAAUUCUAAGCGUAGAAAUUGAUGCUUUUGCAAUUGCAUGUUUCAGCAUUUCUUUGGAAUUCCUGAUCAAAUGAAGAAAAGCUUGCAAUGCUUGCCUGAGGAAUCACAAACACGUAAAAAUAUAGUUGAUAGUUUUCCCUUAAAAUUGUAUUAAGUUCUGUUCUUGUAUGAAUAAGAAACGUUUAGAGAGAUUUUAUUAAAAUUAAAGGGGGGAAAAACAAAUUGGGGAAAGUUUGGGCAGCUUAUGUAACGUCUUUAUUAAUUCAGCAAACUCUUAAUUAUGUCAGUUAAAGCUAUAAUUUGUUAUCUCCAUUAGAUACCAGUCUUUCAAAUGCUACUUUUAUGUCUUAAUGCGUAAGUAAAUGCCAUGUUGGAUUAAUAUAACCACAGUGUGCUGGCAUCUAAUACAUGUACAGCUAGAUUGAAUAAUCUUAUUACUGUAUGCAUUUAGUCUUGCUUGGCUUUAGGAAAAAAAUGAUUUAUCAGUUAGAUAAAUGUAGUGUUGGACACUUUCUUACUGUUUGUUUUUUUUUUUUAAUCCGGGUGAAGAGUUACAGCUAAAUGUAUUGUUUAGAGAAACAUAAAAUUACAGCUCUAAAACAA